AUGACGAAAAAUGCUAAAUUUGGAAAUUAUUUGACGAUUGUGAGUGCGAUUCUUAUGUACAGUGGUGGUUUCUGGUUUUAUCUUGUGACACCUUUUAUAGCUGAAACUAUUGUAACGGAAAAGAAUGUCACAAUUAAACCGUAUCCAGCUCCAGUGUUUGGAAGUUUUUUUACGAACGGCUAUAGUCCAAUCUAUGAAAUUGUUUUUGCUGCUCAUCUUAUUACAGGAUUUGUGGAAAAUUCCGCAACUGUUUCAGCAUUUAGCUUUGCAGCGGUUUUGGUUUUACAUGCUUGUGGGCAAUUUGACGUUGUUAUGCUUCAUUUGAAUGAUAUUGUCAGUGACGAUAUACAAAAAUACAAAUCUGUGCAUGAACGAUUAAAAGUUGCUAUUAAUCGACACUUGAGAGUCCUUAGCUUUGUUUCUCGAUUGGAAGACUUGUUUUGUGAAAUUUGUCUGAUUGAAGUAUUCGGUUGUACACUAAAUUUGUGCUUAUUGGGUUAUUAUAUAAUUACGGAAUGGAAGCAAUCGGACAUGACUAUAAUAAUGUCGUAUAGCCUUAUAAUGCUAUCUUUUAUUUUUAAUAUUUUUAUAUACUGUUACAUUGGGGAACUAUUGACAGCACAGGCCGCGAAAGUUGCAGAAUCUGCAUACAUGAUGAGAUGGUACAUUUUGCCAAGAAGUAUAAGUCUCGAUAUGGUUUCUGUGAUCAGGAUAUCACAUUAUCCAGCCAAACUUACCGCCGGGAAAAUAAUUAUACUGUCAAUGAGCACUUUUAGUACUGUAAUCCAAUCGUCUGCCGCAUAUUUCAACCUUUUGUGGAGAAUGGCUGCGAACGUUGGAGAAUCUGCAUAUAUGAUAAAAUGGUGCAACUUGCCCAGAAGCACAAGUCGCGACAUGAUUUCUGUGAUCACGAUAUCACAUUAUCCAGCCAAACUCAGUGCCGGGAAAAUAAUUAUAUUGUCAAUGGGCACUUUUAGUACUGUAAUCCGAUCGUCCGCUGCCUAUUUCAACGUUUUGUGGAGAAUGGCGCAGUGA